CGGGAGAAGGCGGUGACAUGGAAAAGAACAUUCAUGAGCAUAACGUGACUUGGGUUGACACGAGGGCAAGUGAAGCUUAUGAAACUUACAAUAAAUAUGCUGUCGACAAAAUAUGGAGAGGAUACCAGCUUGUAUCCGGAAAUUGACAUGGAAUUGUUGUCGCAAACUGUUGGAGGCAAGAAAAAGGGUAAAAUGUAUGGGAUCGGCACUAUCGCUGACUCGCGUGUCGUGAUGAUGGGUGCACAAGAGAGAAAUGACAGCAAUGAGGUGGAACGUUUGAAGGAAAAAAUAGCGGAGUUGGAACAAGAUAAGAUAGAGAAACAUGCUAUGAUGGAGAAAAUUGAAGAAGGUGCGAGGUUGUAUGCCGAAAUGAAUGAGAAUAUUCAAAUGUUGUCACAAAACCCGCCACCAACUUAAAAUGCGUUGAAUUUUAUUCUAUUUCUUUUAGAUAAUUUGGAUUUCUAUCGUGUUAAGUUUAGUUAUGUUUGAAUUAUUUGGAUUUUUAUGGUGUUGCAUUCGGUUAUGUUUGGAUGAUUUGGAUCUUUAGUAUGAGUUUUUAAUAUUUAUUGUUA